AUGUCGAGCUCCGCCAAGCAGUCAGUCCGCAUGCAGUUUCUCUGCGAGAAGCGCCAGCUCGACUUCCACGAGGAGGUGCCCAAGUCCCUCAUCGGACCCGAGGCCCUGACAAACCCCGCGAUGCCCAAGAUGUUCGAGAUGACCAUGGCGCCCGUCAUCAAGAAGCACGCAGGCGAGGCCCUGGGCGCCUGCGAGGCAAAGUGCUCGGCCAAGUCCUGCGAGAGGCCCUCGAGCACCGUCGUCGCCACGCCCAUGUCGUACCUACACAAGGUCGACGACCCGUUCGUGAUCAUCAUGACCGUCGCGUGCUGCAACAGUCCGGCCUGUGACAUCACGCUUAAGCAGGAGGCGAGGCACCUCAUGCUCCAGGUGGCCCAGGAGAGGACGCAGUCGAUAGCCAGCUUCGGAGUCCCGCCCAUGUCCAGGGGUGCCAAGUGUUACUGUGGCUCGGGCCGCAAGUUCAAGAAGUGCUGCGGCAAGGAGGAGGGUAAGGAUGAGGAGGAGGAGGAGGGUGCGGAUGCUGCUGCUGCAGCUGUUGCAGCAUGA